CCCACAUACUGCACCUUUGAGUACAUUACUUGUGUAAAUGUACUUAGUUACUUUCCACCACUGGGUUUAUUGCAUGAAUACUAACAUCCCACUUUAUAUGAAUUCUUUCUGGUUAUUAUGAGACAAUUUAUGUUUCUGUGAACCUCCUUUGUCCAGGGUUAAACUUUAAACAUCCAGGAAUAAUUUAAUAUGUUAGUGAAUACCUUACUAUAAAAAUCAAGCAUCUUGUACAAAGUCCAUGAUUACUGUCUUUGUUACUUGUCUUUAUUAUGUUAUGUAAGGGUAUACAUAUGACUGUUUUAUAUAUCUUUAUUUCAUUUUAAUCAGCCACUCCUGUCUCUUCAGUAUUUGGCGAGCAUUCACAAAAGAGCAGCACCUCCCUCCCAAUGUUGGCUUAUAUGACUCAUGCACAGAUCCAUUUCAUCAGGGAACUACAUCCUCAGCUCAGUUAAGCUAUAAUGACAUUUCUUGACCUGUUUAAGUUCUGUAGUGUUAGUAUUUGGCUUUGCAAUUUAUGUAUAGUUGACAUAUGAAUGAAAUAAAGUGGACUUCUGUUACAACACAGGCUUCUGUUAUUCCUCCCCCAACUCUGCUCUCUACUUCCCUUUGCAGGACUGAUGAUACAGACUUCAGUUGUGAUGCAAUUAAUGUUGGGGAAAGGCUGAAAGAGCGGAACAAAAAUUGGAGGGAGAUUCAGCAUUGAAUGAGGCUGUUAAUGUUAAAAUGUGGUUUGAGUGAAGCAAUAUUUUGUUUUACACUGCAGAUGGAAGACAUGCAAACUACUGCUUCUGACAGCAGUACUCAGAAUAUUUGGGAAACAAGAUCAUGCAGCUUUGUGAAGAUACUUUGAGCUAAAUACUAAUGUUAGCAUGCUAACGGGCUCACAAUGAGUAGCAAGCAGCCCUUUGCCCGGACAUAUCAGAUCAGUGCUGACCUGCAUCCUGACGGCUGAUGGCUGACCCAAACUCUCAAGCGGAGGCCCCUAGCUCAUCUAAGCUUGACCAAGUGCAAGGUCAGGUCAAUGAGGUUAAAGUUAUUCUGAAAGACAACAUCAAUAAAGUGCUGGAGAGAGGCGAUCGAUUAGAUGAUCUGAUCGGCAAGACUGGUGAACUGCAGGCAUCUGCUGACUCAUUCCAAAGAACAUCCACACGGGUGGCCAGAAAAUACUGGUGGAAAAACAUUAAAAUGAUGAUAAUAAUCGGCGUGAUCGUGCUCAUCAUCGUUAUCCUCAUCAUCCUCUACGCUACAAAUGUUAUAUAAAUCCAAAAUCUGAACUCCUUUAUCUGCUCAGGACUGAAAAGUAUGAAGAUGGUGGCAUUUAAUAGCUCCCAUGAGUGAUCAUUUCAGCUCACACAAAGAGAUGUUUUAUAUAUUUGUAAAGGACCAGUGUGCAGGAUUUAGUGGCAUCUAGUAGUGAGGUGGCAGAUUGCAACCAACUGAUUACUCCUCCCUUUACCCUCCUCUUCCAAGCGUGUAGGAGAACCUACGGUGGCCGAGAAACUCGUGAAAAGUCCCUCUCUAGAGCCAAGAUUUGGUUUGUCUGUUCUGGGCUACCGUAGAAACAUGGCAGUGCCACAUGGCGGACUCCACGGAAGAGCCACCGCUCCCUCUGUAGAGAUAAAGGCCUCAUUCUAAGGUAACAAAAAUACAAUGAUUCUUAUUUUCAGGUGAUUAUACACUAAUUAAAACAU